AUACUCGCCCACCGGGGGCUCUGCAGUUAGAACGAGCCGCCGUCAGCAGCCCGGAAAUCAGCUUUCGUCUUUUGCCCCCUUCAAACAUGGCGGAGGUCAGGUUAUGUUUCGGAAGGGGAGCGUACAACUUUGCACACAAAAUAUACAACCGACAACUCAUUGAAAGUCAAGAUAAAGGUGCAAUACAGGCUUCGUCUCUAUCGGCUGGGUUACUGUUGGGUAAUAUCCAAAAUGGAGAACUGCAUGGAGCCGAAAAUGCAGCAGACAAAGUGACCGGUGGAGUUUCAAAGGACACAAGCCUGACACCGUUGUAUGGUACGGUCAAAAACAAUUGGGAAAACGCAAAUCUCGCUGAAUAUUACGAUUUUCUUGGACUCAAAAAUGAGUAUUCACUUUCUAAUAAGUCCAAGGUUCAAAAUAUAGUGGCAAAUCUACCCAUCUAUCGGAUUAACGCCGAGUUUCGGAGGACUUUUUACACCUCCAGGUCCGUUUCUCGUCAACAGACUUUUAGAUUGUGUUGGGGACAUGGACAGUUCAUCAGAGCUUACAGCGGCAACGGAACCCGAUCUGAGCCCCUUUGCAAAACCAAAUCAGGCUACUAUGAAAUCCUGGAGGUGUCACCUACCGCCACUCAAGUCCAGAUAAAAACAGCCUACUACAAGCAGUCCUUCGUCUACCACCCGGAUAGAAACGCCGGCAGUGAGCACGCCACUGUCCGCUUUUCUGAGAUCAGCGAGGCCUACACCGUACUGGGCAACAAGGCACUGCGGAAGAAAUACGACCGCGGUAUGUUGAGUCAGUCGGACCUUUUAGCAACAGCCAGACCCUCCGCCAGGGACACAGGGAGCUCCGCGAAACAGACAACCGAAAGCCGACGGUCUGUGGUGGGCGCAGACGGCCGAGGAGACGUCUUUGAUUUCGACAAGUUUAUCAAGGCCCACUACAACGAGCAGCUGCAGAGGGAUAGAGAUAUCCGAGUCCGAAAAGAGGAGAUGCUUAGGAAGAAGGAGGAGACGGUUGAAGAGAAGAAGAUGGGAAGGAUGAUGGAGAUGGGAGUUGCGGUGCUGAUAGCGAUGGCCGUGAGUUUACUGGCCAGUUUAAAGCGGUGAUGAAGUUCAUUCACAUGGAGAAACACACAAAUACAAAUGCUGUUCACAUGACUGCUGUCGCCCUAUAUUUUGACUCUGUCAUCUGAACUCUAUGCAGGGCCACACGAUCGAAUAAAAGAUGGAAUUAAAAUAGGAUUACACUGUCCUCUGAUAAACUGCAAAACAAAGACUAGACCGAAAUGUGCAUGUUUCACUUCCUCAGUCUGCAAUCUCAGCACAGUGUUGUAAACGCAAUACUGUCUGAACACAGCAUUCACUGGUUUUUGCCCAGUGUAGCUUCUGUCUCUCUGUCAGUCACACAGGCACACAGUCAAUGCGACUGCCAGCAGUAGGGAUUACUAGUACUGUGUUUUGAGUAUGCCAUACAUUAUUUUAAAUCAGUAGUUAUCUGACUAAAGAAUAAGUAACAAGAUUAUGAGUAUUACCAGGCAUUCACAACAUUCGAUUCUUUCCGGUUCUGAUACAGAAACAUUCGAGUCCGUAGAGUACUAGGGUUCUUCACCCGGCUUUACCCACGUGUAAUGCACUGUGCCAUGAAUACUGUCUUCAAAUAAAAUCCACAAGUCACAAGUUGAGUUACAACCGUUUGACUUUGGCUUUUAUAAAGUCAUCUGUCUUGAAGAUAUCUUUAUUUAUAAUGUCUAAGCGAGUUUUAAUUAUUUUUCACAUAUUGCUAUUUAUUAAAUAUUUGUGGCAAUGUAAGACAUUUAGGGAUGUGUGUGUCUCUCAUAUCUUGAGAGCCAAGUGGUAUUAUGGGAACUGUAUGUUAAUGCUCAUUUAAAAUGUGCCUUGGAUGAUAUUUGUUGUAAACAUGAAUGGUUACAUUGUUUAGAUAUUUAACUAAUAAAUAAAUCUUUAGCAGUGCCUGUCAGAGCACAGUGAAACAAA